GCGACAUCCACUGCAUCAUGAGGGGAAACGGUCAUUGUUUUGCUCAAGCUGUGCUACAUUCAGUGGUUCUACAGUAGUUACACCGUCAUUACAGCUAGACUCGCUUCAUUCUGAGGACACAUUAGGUCAACUGUAAACCCGAGGGCUCGGACCAGCUCCUGAUCGGUGAGUUUAGAGCCAUGUUAUCCUCAGUUCCCACCAGGUUGAUAGCCCGAAGGUCGCGCAGCCUGUCACCAUGUAGUCGCAUUCUCCAAACAAGCGCAAGUGGAGCGACUUAUCAGAGCAUUCGUGACACCCCAUCUGAAACCAACCGAAACCCCGUUGUGUCCACCUCCCGAGUGUCCCGCAGAGGCAUUCUAGCCGAGGAGAGCUCGGGUAGCGUGAACCCCUCAGUGCAGUACCACCAUCUCGCCCCCAGAUGGCUUUCUCACCUGCAAAACCGCCGCAGUUCAUGGGCGGCCCUGGCCAGCAGAGGGCGCAAUAACAACCAGUACUGGGAAGACGGCGAUCAUGGCCGAGGUGAGGGCCACGGGACAGAUGGAGGGGCUAGCCGGGCAAGACUGGCCUCAGCCGGGGUGCUGUCUGCUGCUGCCGUAGCCUUCUGUCUAAGGAAAGAUUCUGAUGAUAAAGGUGAUGCCCUACUGGAGGCGGCAAGGACCAGUAAUAGUGCAGAUGUUAUGAGACUGGUAAAGGAGGGAGUGGAUCCAAACCAUCGUCACCGCCUCGGCUGGACUGCUCUCAUGGUGGCAGCCAUGAACCGACAGCACAGUGUGGUGAAAGUCCUGCUCGAGGCGGGUGCAGACCCAAAUGCUGGAGACCACUUUAACAACGUCUAUGACACCUCUCGAGAGAAAGGCAUCCACUCCUUGGAGGUUUUGGUUUCCAGAGAGGAUGAGUUCAGCAGCAGACUCAGCAGCCGGGCAGGGUUCCGUGGUUGCACAGCGUUGCACUAUGCUACGCUGGCCGAUGACCCGCACACUGUUCAAAUGCUGUUGGAGGCAGGUGCUAACCCUCUGCAGACCAACGGACUGGGACACACACCACGAGCGUAUGCUAAAGAUGGAGACGUGGGCAGACUACUGCAGGAGUGGGAGGGCAAGUUCCAGGAGGCACAGGCUCGACGGGAGGCUGAGGAGCGCAGGAGGUUCCCCCUGGAGAGGAGGCUGAAGGAGCACAUCAUUGGGCAGGAGGGGGCCAUCAAUACUGUGGCCUCAGCCAUCAGGAGGAAGGAAAAUGGCUGGUAUGAUGAAGAGCACCCCCUCGUAUUCCUCUUCCUUGGGUCGUCAGGAAUUGGCAAGACUGAAUUGGCCAAACAGGUUGCCCGAUACAUGCAUAAAGACAUAAAGAAGGGCUUCAUACGUUUGGACAUGUCCGAGUUCCAGGAAAAACAUGAGGUGGCAAAAUUCAUUGGAUCUCCUCCGGGUUAUGUGGGUCAUGAGGAGGGGGGUCAGCUAACCAAGCUGCUGAAAGCCUGUCCCAAUGCUGUGGUUCUUUUUGAUGAAGUGGACAAAGCUCACCCUGAUGUUCUCACCAUCAUGCUGCAGCUCUUUGACGAAGGGCGUCUCACAGACGGUAAAGGAAAGACCAUAGAAUGUAAAGAUGCCAUCUUUAUUAUGACUUCUAAUGUUGCCAGUGAUGAGAUCGCCCAGCAUGGUUUGCAGCUCCGUCGAGAAGCUGAAGAGGUCAGCCGUAGGAAACUGGUGGACAGCCUGGAUGAUGUACAGAAAGGUAAUGACAUCCAAAUCUCACGUCAGUUCAAAGAAUCAGUAAUUCGGCCAAUUCUUAAGGCUCAUUUCCGACGGGAUGAGUUUCUUGGAAGAAUCAAUGAAAUUGUGUACUUCCUCCCAUUCUGUCACUCUGAGCUCUUACAGCUGGUCAGCAAAGAGCUCAGCUUCUGGGCAAAGAAGGCUAAACAGCGCCAUGACAUCACUCUUCAGUGGGAGCGCCCAGUUCUAGAUUUGUUGGCGAGAGGAUACAAUGUGCACUAUGGCGCACGCUCUAUCAAACAUGAGGUUGAGCGACGUGUUGUGAACCAGUUAGCUGCUGCCUAUGAACAAGAGCUCCUGCCCAAAGGUUGCACUCUGCGCCUGACUGUCCAAAGCGAGGGCCAGGAGGAGCGCAGUUCUCAAAGUCUGCGGCUGGAGGUGGUAGGAGAGGACAGCUCUGCCAGAACACUAGACAUCCGCCCUCCUCUCAGCCCAGAUCACUAACAGUAUAUGUUACCAUUACCACCAACAUAUAUAAGGUUAGCACUAUGGAUGUGUGGAUUAGCAAUAAAAGUACCUCAAGCAACA